CUUCCAUGCAAAUCUCGCCUGGUCUUUCCUUUAUCUCCCACCUCUCUUGACGAAGAGAACCAUCGAAACCCUAAACUCUUCCUACUCCCGCUCGCUUAUUCCUUUUGUAUUUCUUCUUUUCAGUUUCUCCUCUCGCCCGUUUUUCUGCUUCCACUAAUUCGCCUCCGAAAGCAUUUGAUGUUUUGUUUUUGUCGGUUUCGUUGUUCUACGUUCUGAUUUUCUGACUUUUUAAAUCCUUUUUAUAUCCACACAGCGGGCUUGGUCUCCGUUUUCUUACCGGCCUUGAUCUCUGCUUGAUUUCGAGCUCCCUGUUCUUCUAUAGAUCUUCCAUUGUCAAUCCGUUCUUCUGAGGGUUCGGCGUGGGGAUUACUGCGUUCUGUAAAAGCGAACUAGGGUUUCUUUCUCCUUUCCCAGUUCUUUACUGCUUCUUUUGGGGGGGUAGCCGGGGCUCCGGCCUCGGCGUUUUUCAAAGCCCCCUUCUUGACAAAGAAGAUCUAGAAUCCUAAUUCUUUUCCUAACCCACAGACAGGGGAAGAGAUGCCGGCCCUAGCAUGUUGCGUAGAUGCUGCGGUCUUCCCUCCUGGUUACGCUAUUGCCGGGGAUAGCUCUCUUCCCGCGCCGGAAGCAUUUUCCGGCGUACCUCCGGCGACAAACAUUACCCCCUCUGUCCUAGACCACUCCCCCUGGUCCCCAUCCCUCUCGGCCUCUCUUUACAAGAUUGACGGCUGGGGCGUGCCUUACUUCUCCGUCAACUCUUCCGGAAAUAUAUCCGUUCGCCCGCAUGGUGCCGAGACUCUCCAUCACCAAGAGAUUGAUCUAAUGAAGGUCGUGAAGAAAGCUUCCGAGCCCAAAUCUUCUGGAGGAUUAGGUUUACAGUUUCCUCUUAUCGUCCGGUUUCCUGAUGUCCUGAGGCACCGCGUGGAAUCACUGCAAGCAGCUUUCGAUUUCGCGAUCCACUCGCAAGGCUACGAUUCUCAUUAUCAGGGAGUUUAUCCAGUAAAAUGCAAUCAGGACCGCUUCGUCGUGGAAGACAUAGUUGAGUUUGGGUCGCCUUUCCGAUUCGGCCUGGAAGCUGGAUCGAAACCUGAGCUCCUCCUUGCGAUGAGCUGUUUGUGCAAGGGAAAUCCUGAGGCUUUCCUGAUCUGUAACGGCUACAAAGACUCAGAAUAUAUCUCACUUGCUUUGAUAGCGAGAAAGCUUCAUCUGAACACAGUGAUCGUCAUUGAACAGGAAGAAGAGCUUGAUUUGGUUAUUGAAAACAGCCGGAAGCUUUCCGUACGACCGGUGAUCGGCGUGCGAGCCAAGCUGCGAACAAAGCAUUCCGGACAUUUCGGAGCAACUUCCGGCGAAAGAGGCAAGUUUGGAUUGACGACGACGCAGAUCCUGCGCUUGGUAAGCAAGCUCGAACAAGUAGGCAUGCUCGAUUGUCUCCAACUCCUGCAUUUCCAUAUUGGAUCUCAGAUCCCUUCGACUUUAUUGCUGGCCGAUGGUGUCGGCGAAGCCGCACAGAUCUAUUGUGAGCUGGUCCGUCUGGGUGCCGGCUUGCAAGUCAUCGACAUUGGAGGUGGCCUCGGCAUCGAUUACGAUGGAUCACGAUCGUCUGACUCUGACAUUUCCGUUGGAUACGGGCUUGAAGAGUAUGCUGCGACGGUUGUUCAAAGCAUUCGAUACGCUUGUGACAGGAAAUUCGUGAAUCAUCCAGUAAUUUGCAGCGAGAGCGGGCGGGCAAUCGUCUCUCACCAUUCUGUUCUGAUAUUUGAAGCGGUCUCCGCCACUGCAUCGAGCACGCCGACGAUUUCUUCUCUUGGACCUGGUCUGCAGUACUUAGUCGACGGACUAACGGACGAGGCCCGUAUGGACUACCGAAACUUGACUGCUGCAGCCGUCCGCGGAGAGUACGAGACCUGCUUGCUUUACGCCGAUCAACUCAAGCAACGAUGCAUCCAACAAUUCAAAGAAGGUUCGGUAGGCCUAGAACACCUUGCGUCCGUCGACGGUCUUUGUGAUUUUGUUGCAAAGGCAAUUGGGAUGUCCGAAUCUGUGCGUACGUACCAUGUGAAUCUGUCCCUGUUCACGUCAAUCCCAGAUUUCUGGGCAAUUGAGCAGUUAUUUCCAAUAGUGCCCAUUCAUCGCCUCGAUCAGAGGCCGGGAGUGAGGGGAAUCCUAUCGGAUUUGACCUGCGAUAGCGAUGGGAAGGUCGACAAAUUCAUAGGCGGGGAGUCAAGCUUGCCGCUUCAUGAAUUGGGAGGAGAGGAGGGUGGUCAUGGUGGUGGUGGAUAUUAUCUGGGGAUGUUCUUGGGUGGGGCUUACGAGGAGGCGCUCGGGGGAUUGCACAACUUGUUCGGGGGCCCGAGCGUGGUUCGGGUGUCGCAAAGCGAUGGACCGCACAGCUUCGCGGUGACGCGUGCGGUGCCGGGGCCUUCGUGCGGGGAUGUGCUACGGGCGAUGCAGCACGAGCCGGAGCUCAUGUUCGAAGCGCUCAAGCACAGAGCAGAGGAAUGCGGUGGACACGAGGACGAAAUGGCCUGUGCCGAGCUGGCGAGAGGCCUGGCCCGCUCCUUCCACAAUAUGCCUUAUCUCAUCACAGCCGCGUCAUGUGCGACUGCCAAUAACAAUUUCUAUUAUUACUGCAACGACGACAAUAACAAUAACAGCGCUGCUGUGGGCGAAGAAGAGCAGUGGAGCUAUUGUUGUGCUUGAGUUUGGUUUUGGACCUGGUUAUCCCCACAACCACCGCUUAUUACCACCUAUGAAUUUGUGUGUUUGUCUUUGGAGGUCGUCUGUUUUUUGUAAUUUUGUUUUAGUUAGUGUAGUUUUAACUUGUGUUCCGUGAAGAAGUUGUAAGCGCAAGUCCUCUUGGUUGGUUCUUGGGGGACGAGACCCGAAUCCAUCUGAUGUAAAUUCGGAAUCUCAUUCCCUCUUUUCUGUUAAUUUUUUUUUUAAUAUGUUUUUCCCCCCAAAAAAUGCAUGAGGUCUUCUGCUUCUUUUAUAUA